AUUCUCUCUCUCUCUCUCUCUCUCUCUCUCUCUCUCUCUCUCUCUCUCCUCGUCCUAUUUUUCUCCGCAGGGGUGGGAGAGGAACACGGAGAAGGAAAGGGAGAGACGAAGAGGAAGGGAAGGGAAAGGGGAAGGGUUUCGAGCCUCUUCCCUUCGAUCCCACCCUCUCUCUCUCUCUCCCUCUACGUGGCGGAUCGCUUCGAGACUGAUGUGAGGAUCAAUAGCACUGUUACAAGCAGUACAAUCCAUCGACAAUGAUGGGUGUGGUAUCAAGGAAUGUCUUGCCGGCAUGUGGAAGCCUGUGUUUCUUUUGCCCAUCCUUGCGAACUAGGUCUCGGCAACCAGUUAAGAGAUACAAGAAAAUUCUGGCUGACAUUUUCCCCAGGUCGCAGGAUGAACAACCUAAUGAUAGAAAGAUUGGCAAAUUGUGUGAAUAUGCUUCCAAAAAUCCACUGCGUAUUCCGAAGAUUACGACUUAUUUAGAACAGAAGUGCUACAAGGAAUUGAGAGUUGAGCACUUCGGCACAGUGAAAGUUGUCACGUGUAUUUAUCGUAAACUAUUGAUUUCUUGUAAGGAUCAAAUGCCACUGUUUGCUAGCAGCUUGUUAACCAUUGUAUAUACUCUAUUGGAUCAAAACAGACAGGAUGAAAUGCGUGUUAUAGGUUGCCAAACUCUUUUUGAUUUCGUCAACUGUCAGAUUGAUGGUACUUACAUGUUCAAUUUGGAGGGUCUAAUUCCCAAACUUUGUCAGUUGGUCCAAGAAAUGGGUGACGAUGAGAGGGCACGUGAUGUACGUGCUGCAGGGCUUCAAGCUCUUUCAUCCAUGGUUUGGUUUAUGGGUGAAUACUCCCAUAUCUCUGCAGUUUUUGAUGAUGUUGUUUCAACAGUCCUGGAAAAUUAUGAGAGCGCAUAUAAAAAUUCUCAUGAUCCUAGUAAUAGCAACCAAAAGUCCCAUAACAGUUGGGUGCGUGAAGUUCUUAAAGCCGAGGGUCAUGAGUCGCAUUCUCUUGUCACCAUCACAAGGGUUCCCUCUUGGAAAAACAUCAGAAAUGAUCGAGGUGAACUAAAUUUGACAGCUGAUGAUGCAAAGAGUCCUAACUUCUGGUCGAGGGUCUGUGUACAUAACAUGGCUAAAUUGGCUAAAGAAGCGACCACCGUACGACGUGUUUUGGAGGCUCUGUUUCGUUACUUUGAUAACAACAAUCUGUGGUCACCUAGUAGUGGGCUUGCUCUAUGUAUCUUACUGGAUAUGCAGAUAAUAAUGGACAGAUCCGGGCAACAUAUGCAUCUGCUGUUAUCAAUUUUAGUAAAGCAUCUUGAACACAGGACUGUCUUAAAGCAACCUGAGAUGCAGGUAGACAUUGUUGAUGUUACUACCUGCCUCGCCGAACAAUCAAAAGCUCAGACUUCUGUCGCUAUAAUUAGUGCAAUAAGCGAUAUGGUAAGGCAUUUACGUAAAAGCAUGAAGAAUUCACUCAGCAGUGCAGGUGUUGGAGAUGACAUGAUCAAGUGGAACAAUAAAUUCCAAAAAUCUGUAGAUGACUGCCUCGUUCAGUUGUCCAAAAAGGUUGGUGAUUCUGGGCCUGUUCUUGAUGUGUUGGCUGUAAUGUUGGAAAAUAUUUCAGCCGCCAUACCUGAGGCACGAUCAACUGUUUCUGCAGUUUAUCGAAUGGCUCAGAUAAUCGCUUCUGUACCAAACUUUUCUUAUCAGAAUAAGGCUUUUCCAGAAGCACUAUUUCAUCAACUGUUGUUAGCAAAGGUCCACCCAGAUCGUGAAGCACAUGUGGGGGCCCACCGCAUCUUUUCUGUUGUUCUUGUUCCUACUUCUGUCUGUCCCUACUCCUUUUCAGCCAAUUCAGAUUUGGCAAAGCCAUAUGAUCUCCAACGGACACUAUCAAGGACGGUCUCAGUUUUUUCAUCUUCAGCUGCUCUAUUUGGGAAGUUAAGGAGAGAGAUGUUUUCAUUGCAAGAUAGAGCAGAAGAGAAUACUGAUAAAAUAUUUUAUAGUGUUGAUGGACAACAAAUUGGCAGGAACAAUUCAAAGUUGUUUAAAUUGCAAUCCACUCAGAGCCGAACGUAUAGUAUAAAAGACUCUUCUUCAUUCUCAGCAACAGACUUGAGUUCUUCUGGUAGUUCAUACAAGGACAAGGAAAUGGAACAUGUGUCCCUUCGUUUGAGCAGUCGUCAGAUCACUCUUUUGCUUUCCUCCUUAUGGGCUCAAGCCAUGUCACCUAAUAAUGGUCCUGAAAACUACGAAGCUAUAGCUCACACUUACAGCUUGAUGCUGUUAUUUUCUCGAGCCAAGAACUCUAUUAAUGAGAUUUUGGUUCGAAGUUUUCAGCUUGCUUUUUCACUAAGAAGUAUUUCACUUCGAGGAGGAGGUGCCCUACCACCUUCACGCCGACGAUCCCUUUUCACUUUGGCAACUUCUAUGGUUGUGUUUUCUUCAAAAGCUUUCAGCAUAUUGUCUCUCAUUCCAAUUGCUAAAUCUUCACUAACUGAGAAGACGGUUGAUCCAUUUCUUCGCUUGGUUGAAGACUGCAAACUUCAGGCUAUUGACAUAGCAGCUGAACAUCUGACAAGAAUUUACGGCUCUAAAGAAGAUGAUACUGCUGCUCUGGAAUCUCUCUCAGCAAUUACAGUGAAGGAGGACCUGUCAAAGCAGUCCAUGGUUUCUGAGAUCGUGAAUAGCUUGGAAGACUUACCAGAUUCGGAACUGUCUGCGAUAAGAAAGCAGCUACUGGAGGACUUCUCUCCAGAUGAUGUCUGCCCAUUGGGGGCUCAGUUUAUUGAGCCACCUGGACAGACUCCGCAUUAUAAUUCCAGAAGAGACUACAAAUCUAAGGAGGUCAUACCCAUAGAAUUUUUAUUAGAGGAUGAUGUUUUUGCUGAACAAUCGGACAGUUUAGCAGAACCUAGGUCACAAUUGUCAGUGGACGUCAAUCUUUUGAGUGUCAAUCAACUCCUGGAAUCGGUUUUGGAGACUGCACGACAAGUCGGGAGGAUGUCAGUCUCCAACACCACAGAUUUACCAUUUAAAGAAAUGGCUGGUCAUUGUGAGGCUCUUUUGAUGGGGAAACAACAAAAACUAUCUGUCUUCAUGAGCACCCAUAAACAGGAGGUUCUCCUUACCAGCGAUUCGGAAAAUAACAAUCAAGUCAAAUGGUCCGCAAACUGGCAUUCCGAACAGUUCCAAAUGAUUGGGGAUUCUUACUACGAGCAGAAUUUCAAUUUAUACCAGCAGAAAGUGACUGCAACCACUCCACUAUUGUGCGCAACUGAAUACCAGUGCCAACCUAAUUACUUGAAGCUCCCCGCAUUGAGCCCAUUUGAUAAUUUCCUAAAGGCUGCUGGAUGUUGAACAGAGACAUUCUCUAAAGAUUUUUUGAUGCACUCUUAUUCAUGACUGUGUUAAGUGGAUCACGAACAAAAGUGUGGAUUCUUGUUGUCGCAGCUCUUGGUAAGUUAAGAAAAUGUUACAGAAAGGUGCAAAGGUUGCAAUAUAUUUUAUAUCAUCCACUUUAUUCUUUUAUGUUUUGUAUAUCGGAUGAUUAACCUCCCUGGUAUAUUUACUUACAUUAACCUCCCUGGUAUAUUUACUUACAUCGGAGAGGCUAUUCUGUCUUUUGAUCUGAUUAAUUGGCUGAUCGAUAUCUUGAAUCGGUGGGUUCAUGAGUGUGAUUAUAUCUCAUAGUAGAUAAGUGUUGUAUGUAUUUGUAGAACUUGAUAUGAUAUCUGAAAUAUAUAGUCGGAGAUUUAAGCACUGUUUA